UAUUUUUAAGGCAUCUGUAGAUUGAUUUUGUUGUGAGAAACUGAGCAAAGCAUUCAAUAAAUUGUGUAAAAAAGGGCUAUUUUUUUGUUGAUUUAAUAUAUAUAUAUAUAUAUAGCAUAUAGUAUAUAUAUAUAUACAAUAAUGGGUUCACGUUCGCGCAGUCCCUCGGUGAAACGUCGUCAUCACAAAAGCAAACACAAGAAACGCAGCAAAAGUAAGUCACACAACCGCGACAGGGAUCGGGACCACGAGCGCAGCAGCUGUACACGCAGCAGUCGCACGGAUAGAGACAAAUCAACAGAGAUUAACCAACACGGCCGGCGAGAGCGCGACAGACACCGCAGCGACAGGCACACGCACACGCACCUGCACUCACACACAGAGCGAGACUAUCACCGGCACUCGCACUCAAAGUCCCGCAAACGCUCCACCUCAUCAAGUAGUGAUAGCCAACAGUACUCGGAUCAUGAGACGCAACGCAGCCGACACAAGCGCAGCCGCUUUAAGAAACUGGAUGAACAAAAUUUACUACAGGUGGAACGACUGGCCGAAAUGGAACGGCAGCGUCGGCAAAAAGAAGCCGAGCAGAAAACAAUAGAAGAGCAAGCGGCCAAACGCAUCGAAAUGCUAGUUAAGAAGCGUGUCGAGGAGGAGCUUGAGAAGCGACGUGAUGAAAUCGAACAGGAGGUGAACCGACGAGUCGACACUGCCAAAGCGGAAAUGGAACGUGAUAUGAUGCUGGAACUGGAAAGGCGGCGCGAGCAGAUACGCGAAGAAGAACGCCGUCGCGAGGUAGGUGCUCGUAUUCAGAUUUCGCUGGACGACUGCUGCUACCACAAAUACCAAAACUACCACACGCACAAUAUACAGCCUCCGACAGCUACCGAAACACGCACACGUACAAAACAAACAGCAGUUGCAAACAGUCGUCUUGUAAACCCCAAAACGAAAUUGUGUAGCGACGUUUCCAAUUACCAACUGCUAUUACCGGGUUCUGACGGAUCAGUGUGCCUGGGUGUGUGUGUGUGUUUGUUUAACAGUUUUACUAAUUUCAAUUUAAUAAUCAUUACAAAAAACACGGCCAUGUUCUUGCUCCCAAUUCCCAAAUAUUGAAAUUACCUUAUAUAAUGCUAAAGUAACUAUAAAACUGAAGAAACUUGGGCAAACCUUAAGCUGAGUAUGUUAACUAGUGAACAGACAAAAACUAGCGUCAUCUUUAGCUUUUUGGAAUAUUUUAUUUGAAUCAAGAACAUAGCCAUUGCACUGAUAACUACUAACCUUCUCUCAUAUCUGCUAACUGGUAACUUUUCGGUUCAUAACCGCAACACACAUCCAUACACAAACACGCUGAGCCUCUGGCCACGUCGCUGCACAGUUCGCCUAUAUUUCCUCUUGCCAAAUAAUUUUUGUAAUUAUUAUUUAUUUUUUUCUACAAAAAAAAAAGAAAUUUUUCCCUAAAGCCAAAAAUGUGUCUUGCAGUUUUUGACGUCCCAAAAGUGCAUAAUUCUAUUUUUGCAUUACUUGCAUUAGCUUCAUCUAUCAGUUUGAUUUUAAUUUGAUUGGUUUCUGUAACUCGUUGUUGUUGUUGUUACAUAAUGCGCGAUAAUGCUUUUUUAUCGAAUGCGUGUGUGGGUGUGGGCGCGUGUGUUUAUGUGUGUGGGUGUGUGUGUGACGCGUGUGCGAGGGAACCACAAUCACAACAAACAAGCAGAACGUAAUAAACAUGUAAAUUUGUACAUAUACCUAACUGUAUAUGUCGUCCUGCCCCACGCCCGAACCUAAGCCGGACCCAGCUUUGAAGAGAAUUCGGCCACACGGAUGAGAGCAUCAGCUUUCUAGGAGACAUUCAAGAUGUACCACACACAUACAUACGUAUCACGCACAUAUAUAUUAUAUAUGUACGUAAAGUUGUCUAGUCGUAAAGUUAGUACAGUUAGCCAGUACAUUUUGGCCAAGCUUUGGGGCGGGCUUAGCAUAGCUUAGCUUAGCUUAGUUCCAACUGUACGCAGCAUGCCAAAAGCCUCAAAAGAUCCCGUAAGGGGGCCUAUCCAUACCAAUAAACGGGUGAGUGAGUUCCUUAAGCAUACGAAACGUGUGAAACAACAAAAUGGAUUAACGAACUGAAGUGUCUAAAGUGUGAACAAUAAUCGUUCAAAUGCAACGAAAAACAAUGCAAAAGCAUAAACAAUAUCAAAUAGACUCUAAGGACUCUAAGCUCUCCCUCUAGGAACAUUCGUCAUAGGAACACCAAAGCUGAUCAGACUUAAGAUUGUUAUCGUAACUCAUAAGCCGGAUAAACCAUUUGUCAAUGGGUAUGACUGUACUUGUUGUUGUUGUCGUGCCAAAAUGUUAAUUUUAUGUAUGUUUGUUCUUCAAACAUUUAUCGUUUAUCGAAACGCUUUUUUAUUUGUUUUCUAAACACAAUAUGUAAUGUAAUUCUGAUUAAACAACUAUGUAGCUGAAUACCGUAAAUCAAAAUGCAAAUUCGCAGCAAAGCCAAAAAUUAACAAAAUGAUUUAGCCAUUAAACUGGAAAAAUGAACUAUUUCAAUAGUAAGUAGCAACAAAACAAAACAAAAACAAAAUCAAAAUAAAAAAAAAAGAAAGAGAAAAUUAAAAAAAUAAAAGAAAAACAAAAAAGAAUAUCAUAUUUAAAAAAAAAAUCAAGUUAACGUACAUUUGUUAAUGUUGUGUGCUCUUAUUGUUAAAAAUUUAAUUCGCAAAAAUACCAACUCUUAUUUAAACUUUUUUUUUUAGACACUACUAAAUGUUUUUUACUUUCUACCAAUAUCUUCUAUGUAACUUAUUGUAAAACAUUAAAUUAGAUCUUUAAUACAUAUUUAUGCAGCCCAUCGAAAAUUAAAAAAAAAAGCUGAUAAAAUUGCGUCCAAAGUCGCCGCAAAGUUUGCGUCACCGAUGAUAAAGAAAC